AGUUCAGUCAAGUGAGUCUCACGUGACAAGUACAGAACGGGAUUUCAAUUUUUACUUUUACGUCAAAUUGCGCUUGAUACGCUUUAUGUGCUUCAGUAUAUUGUGAAUGUGACAAGUGUGUAUAUUAGUAAACUUUUUUUGUUUAAUACACGAACAAAACUACUUAAGCUGCUGCACAGUUAGCUAGCUAGAUAGCUUCUUGAACUACGACGUCUCCGUUUUCACGGCAUGAUGUUUUAGUCACUUGAGGCACUUCAAACCCUCUAAAAUAUAUUCAGCCGGAACAUGGGGUUACUAAAUAUCAUAGUUUUGUUUACGCUGCUCAUCCCAGCCUAUCGGGCUGUGUCACUGCCGAACUUCGUGCUUCUCUUCGCAGAUGAUCUGGGCUACGGUGAUCUGGGAUGUGUUGGUCACCCCACUUCACUGACUCCAAACCUGGACCUACUGGCGGCGAAUGGAUUGCGUUUUACCGACUUCUACGUAACCAGCCCUGUUUGUAGCCCCUCAAGAGCUUCUCUUCUGACGGGCCGUUAUCAAACACGCUCUGGGAUCUACCCAGGUGUGCUGUACCCAGGAUCAAAGGGUGGGCUUCCCCUGAAUGAAACCACCAUUGCAGAGGUACUCAAGCCACUAGGCUAUGCCACAGCCAUGAUGGGGAAAUGGCACCUUGGCUUUGGGGCAAAUGGUACUUACCUGCCCACACGACAAGGCUUUGACCACUACCUUGGCAUCCCAUACUCUCAUGACAUGGGUCCCUGUCACAAUCUGACAUGCUUCCCUCCUGAUGUGAAGUGUUUUGGUCACUGUGACACUGGUGUGGUAACAGUGCCACUGAUGUAUGGUGAAACAAUCAAGCAGCAGCCUGUAGAUUUUGUGGAGCUGGAGGACUCCUACAGCAGUUUUGCCUCCGAGUUCAUCCGAACGGCAGCCAACAACCAGCAGCCCUUCUUCCUCUAUUAUGCUUCUCAUCAUACUCACUACCCCCAGUAUGCAGGGUGGAAGUCUGUGGGCAGAUCUCUUAGAGGGCCAUUUGGGGAUUCUCUUUUGGAGUUUGACUCUACUGUAGGAAACAUACUGCAAACUCUGAAGGAGACAGGCGUUCUCAACAACACGCUCAUCUUCUUUACGGGUGACAAUGGGCCAGAGCUAAUGCGAAUGAGUCGUGGAGGAAAUGCUGGGUUGCUGAAGUGUGGUAAAGGGACAACAUAUGAAGGAGGAAUGAGAGAACCUGCCAUUGCAUACUGGUCCGGAAUAAUACAACCAGGUGUCACUCAUAGUCUGUCCAGCUCAUUGGACAUCCUACCCACCUUUGCAAGACUGGCUGGUGCUCCGUUACCCAAGGUCCAGCUGGAUGGUGUGGACAUGACAGAUAUAUUACUCAACCAUGUACCAGGUAAGCGGGAGGCCAUGUUUUUCUACCCAACUGACCCCAGUGAGAAAUAUGGUGUGUUUGCAGUGAGAAUGGAGAAGUACAAAGCUCACUAUUACACACGGGGUGCAGCACACAGUGACACCACUCCAGACCAGGACUGUCAUAUAACCUCUUUCCUGAAGCAGCAUGACCCUCCUCUGUUGUUUGACCUGGAGUCAGACCCCUCUGAGAAUUACAACCUGAGUCCUAGUGAGCAUCCAGAGCUAGCCAGUGUGCUACAGAAGAUUCAAGCCCUCAAAGACCAGUUUGAGGCCUCAAUGCAGUUUGGAGAGAGUGAGGUUAAAAAAGGAACAGACCCUGCACUGGAGCCUUGCUGUACACCGCAGUGCACUCCCAAACCUGAAUGCUGCCAGUGUGGGACUAUGGGACGCUGAUGUUUUUGCUUUUGGGAUUGAUUUUCUUAUUACUAAUCACUGUGAAUUUUGAAUUUUGUGAUCUUUUGUACACAAAAGGGAUUUUGGUUUCUUUAUAAGGGAAAUGGAAAAGAGACAGUACUGUGAAUUAAAUAGUGCAAUUUCUGCCUCUCAUACACGUAGUUUGAAAUCAGCAGAAAGACUGAAUGCUCACGGACGGAUACAUACAUUUAAAUGUGUGAUAAUUUAUCUUCCCGAAUUUAAAUUAAACUGGGUCCAACAUGUCUAACCUGAGGAAAUCACAAUAUUAAAUAAAAAAUAAAUAGGUUAUCUUUGAA